ACACUCCAACUCGAGUGCGCCCCGCUCCGCCUCAUCGCUCCAUUUUCCACCACACUUUUCUUCUCCCCGACACAUCAUCGAAAAUGAAAAAUCCCCCGGAAAUACUUCGUGAAGGAGGGGGGGACAUGAUAAAUCCAGGGGAGGGGAGGGGAAAUCUUCCAUGCCCUUCUUAGAUGAGAUGGCGUUGGUGUAAAGGAUGGAUGAAAGCGAAACCGCCUGCCGGAAUUGAACUGCUCAGUAGUAUCUUUCUUCUUUUUCCCCCCUUUUGAUUGAAACGUGCGAUAAAUAGAGAUGGGGAUGUGCUCCACUUGAGGCCUUCCUCUGAGGUUCCUCAUUCUGCGUAGCUUUCAGGGGAUAGAAAUCUGCACCUUCUCUCCCCUUGCUUGUUCCUUGUCUGGCCUGGUUUCAGAAGAAGAUUAGGUUUCUUGUUCUUGGUGAGACAUAGUGAGAGGUUCAUCUUGUUCCUUGGGAAUUUUGUGUUGUCAUGGGUAACUGCUGGUUUAAAGGGAGUCCGUACUUCAACAGGGUUUCUUCCAAUGCAACAAAGUCAGAAUCUCCAAAAUUGCAGAGCCCGUCAGAGAGAACCGAGAAGGACGAUAGCCUGCUUCCGUCCAACCCACAUGAGGUGGAGGCGCUGCGCAACGAUUCGGCUCGGAAGAAUCCUCUGAUAGCAUUCACGUUCGAGGAGCUCAAGAGAAUCACCAAGAACUUCAGGCAGGACUCUGUGCUAGGGGGAGGUGGCUUUGGCAGGGUCUACAAAGGGUGCGUCACCAAUGAUCUUCGCGAGGGGUUAGCAAUUGAGGAGCCGCUGCGAGUUGCGGUCAAGGUCCAUGAUGGAGACAACAGCUUCCAAGGCCACAGGGAGUGGCUGGCUGAGGUCAUUUUCCUUGGGCAGCUCUCACACCCAAAUCUUGUGAAGUUGGUCGGUUAUUGUUGCGAAGACGAUCACCGGGUUCUCGUUUACGAGUUGAUGCCCCUAGGGAGUGUGGAAUCGCAUCUGUUUUCGAGGGUAAUGCUGCCACUGCCAUGGUCCACCAGAAUGAAGAUCGCACUGGGUGCUGCAAGGGGUCUUGCCUUCCUGCACGAAGCUGAGAAGCCUGUCAUUUACAGGGACUUCAAGACAUCCAACAUAUUGCUCGACGAGGAGUACAACGCAAAGCUCUCUGACUUCGGGCUGGCGAAGGAUGGGCCGGUCGGCGACAAGUCGCACGUCUCGACCCGCAUCAUGGGCACCUACGGCUACGCCGCCCCGGAGUACAUCAUGACAGGGCACCUGACGGCGAUGAGCGACGUGUACAGCUACGGGGUGGUGCUGCUGGAGCUGCUGACGGGGCGCAAGUCGCUGGACAGGUCGAGGCCGGUGAGGGAGCAGACGCUGACGGACUGGGCCUUCCCGCUGCUGGCGCAUAGGAAGAAGGUGCUGGGUAUCGUCGACCCCAGGCUCGCCGCUGAUGACUACCCCGUCAAGGCCGUGCACAAGACGGCCAUGCUCGCCUACCACUGCCUCAGUCGCAACCCCAAGGCCAGGCCGCUCAUGCGCGACAUCGUCGCCACCCUCGAGCCCCUGCAGCAGCAGCCGCAGCCGCAGCCGGAGCUGGUGGUGGAGGUGAGCCCGGCCAACGACUCCGGUGGCGGCGACGGCGUGGGUGUUCGGUGAUCAGACAUAUGUAUGCUGACGUGUACGUUCUUUUCUGCAUAUACUGAUGCUUGUGCGAAUUGUAUUGUAGCAGCUACACAGCUAGUGACAGUGCUCUCUUGGUCUGCACACUAUGCAAAGGGUCUUUCUCUCUCUGCUUCCCACGAAUUCUUCGGGAAUUUCACAACUUGCAGAAUCGAGAGACUCUCGCGGAUCAAAAUGGGCCUAAGAAUUUAGAGACAGAGAAAUAUAAUACUUCCUCUGUAAAUUAAUAUUAGUGGCCUAAAACGUCUUAUAUUAGUUUACGGAUACUGAAAGAGUACAUUACAGGAUUUUCUAUCUUUAUUAGCAAAAGGGUCCAUGCGUUGUAACCGGAAAAAAAACUCAUAAUCUCCAAUGGCAAUGACCACAUUUUAUUGCACCGAGAUA